CUAAGGGAAACGUCACUUCCUGUGAAACAAUUAGACUAUAUUGUCUAUGUUUCCAUAAUAUUUACAUUUCGAAAUUAUACUUUUUAUUUCAUAACUUGACAUCUAUUCGGUAAAUUAAUAUUGUGUUCUUGUGUAGUAAAGAAAAGUAACUAAAAAUGGGAGAUAAGAAAAUUACCAUGGAAACAAUCCAAACUUAUGUGAGACUUGACAAUGAGAUACAUAUGAUGGAAAUUAAAAACGUCAGAAAGAGCUUGAAGAUGAAAGAAGACCAGCUAAAAGAUGUACAGGAAACUGAAUCCCAGCUCAAGACACACUACAAAGAAUGUCAAGAUAAAACGAAAAAAGAGAAGGCUGAUGUGGAUGAUUUAUCUGGUAAAGGUGGGCAAAUACAGGCAGCUAUUGGCAAAGCUAAGUUUGAUCAACAAAUGUCCAAAGAACAGGCUGAGUACUUAGAAGCUUUAAACAAAGAAGAAAUGGCCAAGAAAGAUUUAGAAGGAAUCACAAAACAAAUCCAAGAUAUCCAGGCAGAAAUCAAGAAUCUUCAACCAGAGGUGACAAAACUAGACAAACUUGUCACUGAACAAGAGGAAUUAUUAUCCAGCAUCUUCAAAGGUGAUUAUGGAAGUCAAAAAGAAAAUGAACUGGAAAGUAAAAUGGACAUGCUAAUAGAAAAGAGAAAUAGAGUGGGAGUGGCCAAAUAUAAAUGGACCAAUGGUAAAGUCCUUUUACAACAUGCUGUCAAUCAAUUAGCAUAUGCUGUCAAAAAGUGGGAUGAGUUGGGUAAACUAGACAAAUCAGAUACAAAAACAAUGUAUACCAUGGCAACAGAAACCAGAAACAACUUGUCAGCAGCAGUCCAGAACUUACAGAACACACAGAAAUACCUGAGUAACAUACAGUUCCCCUAUUGUAAGGAGGAUGAGAUCAAGACACUACAAAAAGCUACGGCUAAUGUGUACAUAGAUAUGAUGACAACCGACAGACAUAAACAUGCCCUGAACUGUUACGGUGUCACUCACAAGAGAUCGUAUGCCUUACUUCAAUGGUUUGAUAGUGUUCUAACAUCUGUAAUUGAAAAGGAUUUCAAAUCAGCCUCAGAUGAGGAAAGAGAAUGUGCUAAACAAUUAAGGAUUGAGAGAUUGAGGCUGAUGAAGGAAUCGGUAGAGAAAGACGGAGGAACCUGUAAUCUUGAUGCUAUUUUAUCACAGCUUAAAGGCCAGGAAGAAGUAAAUGACUCACAGGUAGAACAAGAACUGGUUGGUUUGACUGAUGCUGAUGAUGUUCCAGGAUCAGAAGGAUCAUCUAAAGACAUGCCGCCCCCAACGCCAAUGCCACUGAAGGACCUGGCACCACCACCAUCGGAAGAAAUGUUGUUUGGAAAUAUCAACAAGCUCAAAGAUCAAUAUACAAAAGAAAAGUCAGAGUUUACAAAAGUUCAGGAAAUGAAUAAACAAAGACUUGACCAGGGUUUACAAGAGAAGUUAGCAGCAAGACGUAAUCGUAAAAAGAGGGUGCAGGAAGAAUAAGCCUUGAGAGAACCAAUACACACUAUGUCCAAAUAAUUGAUUCAAUGUUAAAAUUGUCAGUUCAUACUGUCUACUAUUUGUAUAAUAUGUUGUUGUAGACAGCUGGAACCAUCUACUAGGUACUAGUGAUCUUUUGGUCUAAGAGUUUUUAAAAUUGAUAAUUUGAAAGUUUUUUUAAGCAUAAAUCUUACAGUAUAAUUUGAAAUUUUGUUUCAAAACUUAAAUAUUUUAAGGUAUACCGUCUUAUAAGCAUUAUUAAGUCUCAGACUGAAGGGUUCGGUCUUGUGAUCUCUUUCCAAAAUUUCAAUCAAGCAUGACUCAAAUUAUAGCUGCUGAAAUACUUGCAGAAAUUUAUAAGACAAUCACAAUACAGUUACAUUAUGUGUAUGCUUUAUUUGAAUCUCAGCAAUCUGAUUGGAGUAUGGCAAUCAUGUGACUUUGAAAUUUGAUAUUUAAUACCUCAAUAUGCAAUAAAUCCAAGAUUGCAUGUGCCUCUAUAACAAUGACUUUGAAACUACUUAGCAAGUUCUGAUUGCAUAAAAUUCUUUUAGAACAGAAUAUAUAUAAAACAUUCAAUUUAAGAUAUUUAAACUGCAGAAAUGUAGUUAUAAGAGUUGAGUAUCAGGAUGUUUUUUGGUUUAUUAUGUAUAAUGUUAGAUUGAAUGAUCAGUUUUAGAAUAAAGUGCUGUAGUCAAUUGUCGAAAUUUCGGUUCCAUAACUCAUGAGCAAAAUGUGACCGAAACAUUAAAAUUAAAAUAGUUAUUCAAAAUGAAAAUAAUACUGGAUUAAAUUAUUUAAAAUCAGUUAAAGAUUUAUUUUUGUUAUGUUUUUGAAUGAUAUUCAAAUUAAGCUACACACACAAGUAUAGUACCAAAUGUUAAUUUGUUAACAUACAGGAUCAGUUUGGGUAAUCUUUAAAAAAAAUAGUAAAUACAUGUGUAUGUAAAUAGAAUACCGGUAGACGAAUUUAGGAGUUUAUUUACUGUUUUUAUGAUUUAUGUUGACCAGUGAAGGCUAGGACCAAUCGAUAAGGUCAAAAACAAUUACUUUGCCUUGAUGCAAUUUCAUUUUUGAAGUGACCCAUUACAACCUCACAUAACUAACUGUAUAGUAUAUUGGUGUUAGUUGUUAUGUCUUGUAGGUAACUGGCCAGAUAUAUAUUUCCUUGUUUAUUGUCACACUUUACACUGUAAUUCAGAUGUGAUUCAAUGUAUAAAUAUGAUCUAGGUCAGUGAUAAAAGACUAAGAAAGUUUUUUAAAUGGUCUUAACAGAGUCAGUGUUGUACAUUCCGUCCUAUAGACAUAAUCUUGUGCAGCUUUAAUAUAUUUUGUGAGUUAUAUAUCUGUUUGUAUGUUAUUUUGAUUAUCUCCCUUGAUAAGCUCAAUGUAUGGUGAUCUCUCAUCAAAGAAUCUGUGAUAAGGCUUCAUAUCAUUAUUACCUUUUUUACACUAUUAGUAAUGUUAGUAUAUCCCUAUCAGGUAAAUUAGUAUAUACAUAACGGUAAAAACCAAAAGUUUUGUCCAGAACCAAGUGGAUUUUAAUCAAAUGAGAUGCAAUACUGGCCGGUAAUUUUGUUUGUCCUGUAGUCCGCCCAUGUAACUCUAUGUUAGCAAAAUUACCUGAUAUAAGGGUACAGAGUUUGAUAAGAUGUUUUGGCAGAUAAAUAUAAAAUGAAGAUAAAUCUUUUUUAACUACAAAAAUUAAAUCUAAAAUCAAAAUGCCUCGUAUGUUCACAUAUUGACUUUUUCAAAUUACCACUGAAAAUAAGUUGGAAUAAAAAGGUUUUUUUUUUCUGUUUUUGACACCAAUUUUUGAUUUAUUCCAAAUAAAUGACUACUAUAUUUUGAUCAUUUGCCAACCAACAGAAAAAAAAAUAAGAGUUUGAAGCUGUUCCUCUUUCUAUGUCUUAUUAUCAUGUCAUAAUUACACUUGAAAAAAGCAAAUUUUGGCAACUUUUUAUGCAUAUUACUCUCAGGAUACUGUUCAGUACACACAUGCAUCCAUUAAAAUUCUUGCUUAAAUUGGCCAAUUGAUAUUUUUCAGAAGCAAAACCGAAUAAAUUUAAAAAAAUUUAUACCCUGCCUACCAUAGCCAACUGCAUUUACAGGCUAUAGCAUACCUGACUGGUAAAAUUAUUGUUAUUUAAUUGUAAAAUUUUUGGAAAAGUGGAAUAUCAGAAUAACAGUUUUUAUAUAUUUUAAGAUAUUAGACUUAUCAAGUAUGCCUUCCUUUAAAUUUGCCAAAAUUGAAAAGGGUAUUUAAAUCAAAAAUUUUUUCUAUAAGAUUAAUGUUACAAGUAGAUUAGAUGAUCAAUCUGAAAAAUAUUUAUAGAUGUGAUAUUUUUCAUAUAUUGAUGAGUUACAUUCAUAGAAGAAAUGUUUGACAUCUUCAACAUUUUAAACCUAAAUUUUGGAUACUUUUAUCUACAAAUUUGUAAAUGAUAUUUAUUAAGAUUUGUAUCAGUAAAACUAGAGUUAUUUAGAGAUGGAAAAGUUUUGGUUGUUUACUGGAUUUUCUUUCUUUGAAUAACUGUAAAAUGAGUAUGCAAGGACCAUAUGUUAAUUGUAGAGCUGCUCUAGAUACAGGACAAAGUCUUCAUAAAGAACAAUCUAAAUACUUGACCUCAAUCACCAGUAAUAGGACAUAUAUUACUGUAGUUAGUUAUAAAUUUAGUGUUACAAUUCCAAAAAGCACCAUAAAUAUUGUGAAUAAACACCUUUUUGAUGUCUUUUACUUUAUACACCUUGUGUUUUAUAUAAUUUAUUAUGUUGUAAUAUUUUUGUUACAGAUCUUUAGGGAUUUUUUUUAUUAUUAAACAUCAUUGAUUCA